AUGGACGCAGACAACAGAGUGCAAGAUUCAACUACUGUAGACAUCUCAGUCGCUUCAUGUCCUAGCAAUCUUGAUGAAACUCCCAAGUUAUUGAGUGAAAUCGCAGAAGAUGUUAAACGCUUGGGUACUGAUUCCGAUGGAAUUCGCAAAGCUGCUAUAUACAAAUGUCGACAGUUAUUCCUAGCUUUAUCGACCCCUCGAGACAUCAUGGCUGAUCACUGUUGGGGCCAGAUCGGAGCUAUGAUGGCAGUAGGGUUUGGUGUGGACUCAGGAUUGUGGGUCUUAAUGGCCCAGAAUGGAGAUAAACCGCAGAGGGUCUCAGACCUGGCAUCAAGCCUAGGAAUCGAACCGAAACUUCUCAGUAUUGCUACGGACCUCGCUAACUUAUCACCGGGUCGUCUCAUGCGCCACCUCAGCGCCAUGGGUCUCCUCAAUGAGGUCGGUGAGGACGAGUACCAGCCCACUAAUUAUACCAAAGCCCUUAGUCUUCCUCAAAUUGGAAAUGGAUAUCUCGGUCUCACUUCAUGUACCAGUGCUGGCUGCCUGAAAUUCCAUGAAUUCUCUCGCAAGCGUGGAUGGACAAAUCCAACUAACCCUGAGGACACAUCUUUGAUGAAUGCUUACGGCACUGACAGGGACCUGUUCAGCUGGGUAAAUGAGUUAGGUUAUGGAAAGCACCUAAAUGAUUACUUAGGCGGUUACAAUCUCGGUCGCCGAUGGUGGAUCCAUCCUGAUGUCUAUCCUGUGAAGGAUAGGCUCAUUCACGGCGCUGAUCCUAGUCCGGAUGCGCCUUUUCUUGUGGACAUCGGCGGUAAUGUAGGCCACGAUCUGGAAAGAUUCCGCGCUGCAUUUCCAGAUGCGCCCGGGAAGCUUAUCCUCCAAGACUUGCCCAUGAUGGUUCGCCAAAUUAUGGAUUUAGAUUCAUCGAUUGUGUGUAUGGAGUAUGAUUUUCGGGAUGAGCAACCUGUUAAAGGCGCUCGAGCCUACUACAUACACUCAACUUUACAUAACUGGUGUGACGAUGUAUGUGAAACAUUACUUAAGCGUGUCAAGGAUGCUAUGAGACCUGGAUAUAGCAGGCUCUUGAUAAAUGAAUUUGUUGUUCCGGAGACCGGGGCCUACUGGGAAAUAACCGGGCUUGAUAUGAUGAUGUUGGGGCUGUUCUCCUCUGAGCAGCGCACUCGGGCCGCGUGGUAUGACUUGAUUGAGAGACGAACUGGUCUGAGGAUCGUACAGAUCUGGAGCGCUGGUGCUGGGGUGGAAAGCGUGAUUGAGUGCGAAGUAACCGAUUACGAGGGAGAAGCAUGA